CCGGCUCCUCCCCUCGCGGUGUGCGAGGCAGCCUGCCCGCCCGUCUGUGUGUGUGUGCGCCGGGCCGCCGCCGCCGCUGCGCUGCCUCUCCCAGCCGGGCACAGCCGCGCCGCGCUGCUGGCGGCGGCGGCGGAGCUCCGCCACCCCGGGCGGCUCCGCGCGGCCCCGCCGCGGCCGCCGCUGCCCAUGCGGGCCGGGCAGCGAUAGCCGCGCCGGCUCGGCUCGGCUCGGCUCGGCUCUGCGGGGCGGGGGCACCACUUCUCUGAGUCUCCCCACCACAUCGUUAUGGACCUAUUCGACUUUUUCAGGGACUGGGACUUAGAGCAGCAGUGUCACUAUGAGCAAGACCGGAGUGCACUUAAGAGGAAGGAAUGGGAGAGAAGAAACCAGGAGGUCCAGCAAGAUGAAGAUCUCUUUGCUUCAGGUUUUAACCUCUUUGGGGAACCCUACAAGACAAAUAAAGGCGACGCCCUUGCAAACCGUGUCCAGAACACAUUGGGAAAUUAUGAUGAGAUGAAGGAUCUGCUAACCAACCACUCCAACCAGAGCCACCUUGUAGGAAUCCCAAAGAAUUCUGUCCCACAGACACCCAUUGACAAAAAUGAGCAAAACUUUUUCCCGGAGCCGAGGAACAGGAUGAUCCCAUCCCAUCAGAUCAGCGGCAACUCAUCGGCAUCAAUGCCUCCACCUUCCUCACUGUCAUCCAACCCUGCUUUGCUGCACGGCCACCAGAGCAGCAGGAAAUCAAGGACAGACUGGUCACGCAGUGGUCACAACUCCAGUGGGGCCCAGCCAGGCCAGUCCAGUGGUCAGCAGAGCCGGACAAAGCACAGCUCCUCUCAUGAGCAGGCACAGGGCAGGUAUGAAGAUCUCUACACCUGCCAGAGUGAGCAGCACAAAAGUGGGGGAACUGAGGAAGGAAAUGCCAUGGCAACAUCUUCACAUUCCAGGAGGCACGCUCAUGCCAAGUCAGCACCUGGAGAACACUCCUACAAAGAAAACAGCCACUCCAAGUCGCCCACAGAGCCUGAGUUUGUGGGCCAUGGUCCUGGAUCUCCACUUCCUUCCACUUCUUUGUUAACUGCAAACAAUGGUCUCUCCACUCAGAAUUUCCCACCAGGGCUUCACUGUAAAAACAGCAUGGUCCAGCAAAAACCUACAGCUUAUGUCAGGCCCAUGGACGGCCAGGACCAGGUACCCAACGACUCACCUGAGCUGAAACCCCCCAUAGAAAUUGAGAGUGGAUAUGGAAACCAGCCCUUUGGAACGCUGCUGGAGGGAAAAGUGAACACCCCGAGUUCAAAAAACAAAGUACCAAAGCUCAACAUUCCUCCUGUUAGUGAAGUUGCCCUUCCCAAUGACUCCAGCUGUGUGGAAGAAAUACUGCGGGAGAUGACCCAUUCCUGGCCUCCUCCUCUUACUGCUAUUCACACUCCUGGCAAGGCUGAGCAGACCAAGUUUUCUAUCCCAAGCAAGGACUCCCAACAUCUGACCUCAGGAUACAAUGUACAAAAGUGGAGUGAUCCAGCAGGGAAAGUUGCAACUAAGUCAGUGCCACAAAAGUCAAUGCUUGAGGAUGAUCUAAAACUCAGCAGUGAUGAAGAUGACAAUGAACAGGCUGCCGAAAAGACAAAAUUGAGAAACAUUCCUGUAAACAGCCUGCCGGUGCCGGGGGCACACGCCGCUGGCUUGGCCCACUCCAGCGGCGGCUCCGGCAGCUCCAGCGAGUCCGAGAGCAGCUCCGAGUCCGACUCCGACAGCGAGAGCAGCUCCAGCGACAGCGAGUGCAACGAGGAGUCCCGCAGUGCCACGCCGGAGCCCGAACCCCCCUCCACAAACAAAUGGCAGCUGGACAAGUGGCUAAAUAAGGUGAACCCCCACAACAAGACCAUCAUCAACAACCAAAAUGAGCCUCACAGCGAGAGCAGCUCCCAGCCCCAGAGCAACCAGCAGGCUGAAGGGCCAAACAAAGGGAAGCUCAGCAGCAGCCUGCCCCCGACCGAUCCCAAAGAGCGGGCGAUCCUCAGUCCCAUCCGAGAGAAAGCCAAACCACGGGUUGCCCAGAAAACCCCAGAGGCAAAAAGCUCCAAGCAGAAGUCACCAGCUCAUAAUGAGCCAACUUCACAAAGGACUACUGGGAAAAAGCAACCCAAAAAGGUAGAAAGGACUUCCAGUGUAGAAGAGUAUAACUGGCCCAAACCAAAUAAUACCAGCAACACUCCCAAAGAAAAAGACACACAGGAACCCCCCGAGCAGCCAAAGGUUCGAACUAAAGCAGCAGUUGGGAAGACAGCUCCAAGGAAAGAACCACGAACUAGCACAGGUCUCACUUCAGAGAAGAAAAAGUACAGAGGCCCCAGCAAAAUUGUCCCCAAGUCCCGGGAGUUCAUAGAAACGGAUUCAUCUACUUCUGACUCAAACACUGACCAGGAGGAGAGCCUGCAGGCCAAGGUGCUGCCAGCCUGCACGGGCUCUGGCAGUGGGGUCAAAGUGAAGGACUCUGGCAGUAACAUCCUCAGCGUAAGUAGCUUAACCAGCAAUGGCAGCAACACUUCCAUUGACCAGACCAGCAAUGACCUGGAGGAGCAGCUCUUUUCUCCUAUCCCAAUCGUACAAAAUGAACUUCUGUCCCCACUGAGAGAAUAUGAAGAACUCAAAUCUCUGUGGGUGAAAAUAGACCUUAGUUUACUCUCCAGGAUACCUGGACAGGAAACUUUUGAGACCACGUCUGUGAAAAGUGAACCGAGAGAGGCAAAUGUGAAACACAGGCGGCCAUCUCGAGAGUCCCCGACCCCAGCAGCUGAAAAACCCUCCACAAAAUCCAAAAGGAAACACAAGCAGACAGAAAGCCUGGAUACCUUUGUUGAAAGCAAGAAGCAGCGCCUGGAGGAGCCCCCAGCUUCCUGUCUGCUCCCACCUUGUAUCUCUCCAAUACCGAACCACAGAAUAACCAGCACUAAAGAGAGCAGCAGCAGCUCGGUGAAGAAGGUGACCAAGAAAAGAGAAGAGAAGCUGUUCCCUCCUCCCUUGUCCCCUCUCUUGGAUGACCCUGUGCACCGGCGGCACAGCGGUGACAGCAGCUCCUUCGGCCAGGAGCCUGCUGCCACAAACACCUCCCAGCCCAGCAGCUCUUCCUCCUCCGCUUCUAAACACAGAAAGAAUGAAAAUAAAUCCUCCUCUAACCCCAAAGGAAUCUGUGAGGAGGAAUCUCACAGCACUCCCACAGCCAACGCUCUCCUUGACACCAGCCACCUAGAGCCAGAGCUCUGGUCUGCAAUGCCAAUGCUCUCCAACGGGAACGCCGAGCCCAGAAGACCCAAAAUAACAUUUGAUGAUGUGCUUCACAAUGCAGAUUAUUACAUGCAAGAGGCUAAGAAGCUGAAGCAUAAAGCAGAUGCACUGCUGGAGAAGUUCGGGAAAGCAGUGAAUUAUGCUGAUGCUGCCCUCUCCUUCAUCGAGUGCGGGAACGCCAUGGAGCGAGAUCCAUUAGAAGCUAAAUCUCCAUACACCAUGUACUCAGAGACUGUGGAACUCAUCAGGUAUGCAAUGAGACUCAAGAAUUUCACAGGCUCUUCUGCCACAGAAGGGGACAAGAAAUUAGCAGUUUUAUGCUACCGAUGCUUAUCACUUCUCUACUUGAGAAUGUUUAAACUAAAGAAGGACCAUGCUAUGAAGUACUCCAGAUCUCUGAUGGAAUAUUUUAAGGGUUUUACAAGGUGCUACACAGACGUGAAAGGCAGAAUGAGUAAGCAGAACUCUUCAAAAGCCUCACAGGCCCCCUCACCUUGGGGCGGCAAUGGAAAGAGCACAGAAACCCCCUCGCCCAUGUCCCUGAGCCCGUCCCCCGUGGGCUCUGCCGGGAGCGGCACGGGCAGCGCCGGCUCGUCCUCGGCGGGGACCAUCACCAUCCCCCAGCGCAUCCACCACAUGGCAGCCAGCCACGUCAACAUCACCAACAACGUCCUGCGCAGCUACGAGCACUGGGACAUGGCUGACAAGCUGGCCAAGGAGAACAAAGAGUUCUUUGUAGACCUGGACUCAGUGAUGGGACCCUUAACACAACACAGCAGUAUGACCAACCUGGUUCGUUACGUCCGCCAGGGGCUGCACUGGCUCCGCAUCGAGGCUCAUUUGUUGUAGUGACUGCUGCCCUGCUCAUGACAUCCCCAUUCUUCUACCUCUACCAGCGCAGAGACGAUCACUGGUGGAACUCCACUCAUUUUUGGAAGUUUAUUCAUGUAACUUCAUUUUUAUUGCCUUUUUUAAUAUCCUAUCUAUUGGAAGUAGAAGUCACCGUAAAUGAAACUUACGACUCAAGAGCAGUAUGUGUUGUACCAUCUAAUCAUUUUUUGACAAUUUUCUAUGCCUUGUGUCUCCUGGAUCCUGCCAUCCUUAUGUGCUUUAUGGAACGGUACAUUCCCUGCAGUAUUGUUUUAAGUCCAUGCUGCCUUCAAGUGAAAACAAAAACAAAAAAAAAAAGCACUUUGAGAAGAUAUGGAUUCCUGAGAAAUAGUACAAAGCGUCUUAAAUAUUUGAGGGUAUAUAUGAGAAGUCCCUUCUGAAAUAAAUUAGUAGAAGUUAUAGCUAUUCAUUCAAAAUCAUCUUCUGAACCUGAACCAAGCUUUUCGACGCUUAAUUCUGGCAUCAUUACCUGACUCAGUACAUUCCUAAGAUUUCAUACUUCCUAUAGGUUUAAUCUCUAAAAGAGAACGUUGAAUAUCUUACAGGUACAUAAUGUGAGAUCACCAAAGGUGUUAAGAGGUAAAAGGUUGAAGGAAUGCCUCAUUAAAGAAUGAUGACACACUAUGCAAUGAGGUUUUGAUAUUCCAUUCUUCCUGUUUAUUGUUGGCUUAAUAAUUUCAGUAGGCAGCAGAAUUUAUUGCAGUUUUUAGGCAAUUUCAAAAUAUUAGCUUUCUUAGUCUUAUCUACCAUUCCUAUACUAAAUCUGUGAAUUUUCUUUCUGUUUUACUGUUUAGUCUCAAACAAAUACUUAUCCAAGAUUUUUCUUCAUAGAACAAUCUCUCCUUGCAUAGUGACUCACUGAAAGCAGAUUUUAACAGGACUGCUGCACUCUAAGCAUUGAUAUUGUAUGUAGAAGUCCAUUAAUAAGUGUAUGCAGAUUCUUCAUGAACUAUCUAGAAGUUUAACUAACCAGCUACUCUUGAAACAUUAUAAUUCCAUGUGGCAUCAAUUUUUCACCUGUUUUGUUCAUUUCAGAGCGUUAGAAACGAACAGUAUUAUCUUGCUAUCUUGAAAACAAUGUCAAAUUAAAUAAAAUCACCAGAUUUACCCAAAAGCAAUAUAACAUUUGUUUAAUAAUGGCCAUGAAUACUUCAGUCAGAUUACCUUUUUUCCAAGCUCUGCAUCUGUUUACCCAUGCUGUCAUGUUUUGGACCAUUCCUCUAAUGCGUGAAUAAUAAUGAGACAAUUCAGCUAGAAUUUCAAAGCAAUUGUGAAUAAAUUGCACCAUUUCACAUUUGCUCUUUCCUCUUUAUUUUUUUUUCCCUGUUAUAAACUGCACUGCUCUUCUGGUGCCACUGCAAGAAGCGCUGGUGCAUGAAACAAAACAAAAUGAAUUUAUAUCAAUAAUUCACAAGACUUUAAAUGGUCUCAUCUCAUUCUUGAUAUAACGCCUGCAUACCUUACUGAACUGUAAAUUCCAUUUCUAUAAACAGAAAAUGCUCAUAGCAAUGUAAAUAUUAUUCUGUCUCAUCUCACUGAAAUAAUACAAUAUGUGUAUUAAAUGCCAUCCAGAUGUUAGUUAAUUGCAAUUACCUUCUGCUAUAUAAACCUGUGUAUUCUUUAAUCUGGUGAGUUAUUGGAUUCUACUCACUGGGUUGUGACCAGAUAAAUAGGACAAAUUUGCAUUUAAAAGGUUCAGACUGUUAAGGUUUCUAGAGCAGGCCUUGGAUAUUUGCAAUAAGAGCAGUUUAAGGACUCUGCCCAGUGCACAUUUAAGACAAACAUUUCUGUAGCUGUUGCAUAUUAGCUCCCUGCAGCACUACCUUUGCUUACAAAUCAAUCAUUCCUAACUUUUUUUCCACAAGAUUGUAUUGUUAACAUAGCCAACGUGCAUCAUUAGAGAAAUUACCCCGUGUAGGGUUUUCUGCAAAGGACAUUUGCAGAACAUGCACAUCCUGUAUUAUCUGCACAUUCCUGUUCCUGACGUGGCUGAUUCACCCUUAUCAGUUCUCUGAGGGUUUCAGUAACACGGCUGAAACCUGAAUCUGACACAUUGGUCACGCCAACUCUGGCCCCAGCAGCUAAUGAAUAAAACCAUGGCAGUGAGAACUAUUCAGAAAUGUGGAUGAAUGGUGGUGGUCCAGGGAUUUUUAAAGAAAAAGAAAAUGAAACAUUGGAAAUCAUUUUUUUAACAGGUUGAGUGCUUGAGAUGAAGUAAGGUCGGGCUGGUUUUGUCAUAACCCAGAGUUUUCCAUUCUUUUUCCAAGUAACUUUUCUCUCUAAUUAAGUGCAUUGUCAUCACUUGCUCCUUUAAUGUAGAUUGAAAUCCAAGACUUCCAUGCAUUUACAAGGGACAGUGAUGUCCUGAAAGACACUCUUCAGCCACAGGACUCUGAAUUCAGAGUUUGCUGCUCAGUGAUCACCAUGUAUUAUCUUUCCCCUGUUGCUUGUGGUAAACAGGCUCCUAUCUCUAAAUUUACCCCAUGUUCAGAGGCUUUUGCUUAAACAGCUUAAGGAAUUAGCCCUCCUGAUUUUGUAUCCUGUGACUUAGGUUGAAAUGGAUACUGAAUCAAUGGCAUGGUGAUAACAAGUCCAGCAGUCAAGUCUAGGAUCACAAGCCGACUUAUUGUUUAGCAGUCUUGUUUCAAAAGCGGCUUAGAAACAAAUUAAAUAUGGAGAGUAAAUUAUUGUCUUAUCCCUGGGGAUGAUGCUUCUUUUGGGUUAGUUAUUAAGGAUUAUUGCACUUCUACAGGCACUAUAUUCAUCUCAUUUCAAUUGCCAACAUGUCAUCUUCGUGGAAUCAUUUUACCCCUUAAAAUAUUAUUUCCAGCAGAGCUAAUCAAAUGAGAUUGUUUGUUUCAAUCCAUGGGGAAGCAGCAUGUCUGUGCUUGGGCAUUUGCAAUGUCUGCACUUAAAACUGCCUAAUUCAAGCUUUCAAACUCAUGAACCAAGCACCAAAAUUUACAAGAUUGGCUUAAAAUUGUGGUCUGGUUUUGGUUUGCUAUUUUUUUUUUUAAAAUAAACUCUUUGGUUCUUGUACUGCCUUCUGGAUGCUGAGCUUUGGGACUGAUUUCAUGACACAUUUUCAGGCAUUUUACAAGCAUGCCGAGGGCUGGAACUGACACAUUUGUUUUUAAUAGUGAUAAACUGGAACAGUGAUGUAAUCUCUUGACUUUGGUAGCUGGAUUUAAGAAGGACACCAAGCUUAGUAAAACAUUGCCAGAACUGACAAGACUGUCAUUUGUGACCUGAAAAGGUUUGGAGCAAUACCAAGAGCUCAGCAGUGAAGGGAGCAGGCCUGCAAAGGGCUAAAUUCAGGCAUUUGGGGUGCAAGACCCAAGGGCAGCCAAGUCCUAAAUGCUCAAGAGAGGCAUUUUCAUAGCAUUUAACCUCCACUCCAGCAGGCCUUAAAUAUUUGACAGUGUGCAGGCAGAAUUUCCAGCUCCAAGAGCAGUGAACAUCUCCAGCCAUGUGCUGUGUGUUGGGUGCCCUGGAGCAGGGAGCAGAAAAAAGCCUUGUUGUGAUAGUGGCAUGCAUCUUGUAGCUUAAUUUCACUUUUUCUUACAUGUUCUUUGGAUUUUCAGUUAUUUAAAUAUUCUCUCUGUGAAUGGAUCGCCUCAUUUAUAAAUUAUCUCCUCUGAAAGGUAGAGACAGAUCUGUUGGUAGUUAUGUUGGGGAUUUUUAAAAAAUAGGAUUUGUCUUCAGUCCUCCUAAAGAAACAAUAUAAGCCAGUCAAAUCUGGAAUUUAAUUUCCAUGCUUUUUUAAAUUUCACAGAUUUUAUUAUGUUCUUCUAUUAUGAGAGUUUAGACUCACUGAUGUUUUCAGGUACUUUGGAAAAAAACUGUUUCAGUAAGUUUUUAUCAGCAUUUAAUGCUGUCUAAAUCCAAUUAUAAGUUUUGUAAGUGUAAAUUAACAGAUAAAAAUGGGGCUGGUAAGGAUUCUGACUUAAGUAUUAACAUACUUCAUUACUUGGAGUUCAGGAGAAACUCCAGGCAGCAUUGAAACAAGCCCAUGACUGUGAGUGUGUGUACACAUCUGUGUGGGUUUAUGUCUGGAUUUGCAGCAGAAAGUCCCUUCAUUCCUUCCUAGCACAGGAGAAAAGCUGUGGUAGCUGUAAACAGAAAACACUCCUAGCACUGCUGAUGGCAGUGGCAUUAUUCAAGUUUUCCUCUGUAGUUUGUGCACAGUCCUGUUUGCAUUUCCUGCUUCUUGCAGACAGUGGAGAUGUGGCAGAAAGUAGCAACACCUCUGUCAUUUCAGUCCUGUGGUCCUGUGCUCAGUGUAAGAGCUGAAUGUGCUGUGUCAAUGUUUUUCAGGUGAUUUCAUUUGCCAUAGGCCAGUGUCUUGAAGUUUUAAGAAAAACAAAAUAUUUAACAAGUCACCAAAGAAAAUUAGGUUGAAGCAAGUGUAGAAGUGUCCCAGCUGCAGGCAGGCUGCAGAGCAAGGGGUCUUUGCAAAGGGCCUUUCCCUCUCAGCAUCUCCCUGAGACAAAGGGGAUGAAGAUGGGGAACCAAUCCACCGUCCUUAUGACAUCUUCCAGCUUCACUUUACAUGCUACUUUAUAAAUAUAAGACAAUUCUUAAUGUUGGGAGAGCUCAAUUCCUCAGUUUCCAAUAAUCCUCCUGAACUUCCAUGAGCACACCAAUGCAUAAAGCCAUUCUCUGUUGUCUGAUGAGGUAUGUCUGUAUAGGGGCAUAUUUUGGUUAGAUCACUUGAUAUUUAGCCUAAAUGUAUAGGCUAAAAGCUGUUAGGGUCUUCUUCAUUACUGAAACCUCUCUGCCACUGAAUGCAAAACGUUCCUGAUUUAGGGAGCAGUCACCUUCUCCCCAGUGCCCUUUGUCAGACCUGCCUUUCUGAGGGACUUGGUAGCUUUCCUUAAGCCAUUUUGUUUCAGAGAUGUUUUGUCUUCCAAGAUCAGUGAUUCUGAUCAUCCCACACCAGUUUAAACCUCUUGUGGUGGCUGCUGAAGUGAGGACAGGUUGCAUUCAGAUCUUGUGUCCGGCUUGGGGGAGGAUGAUGCUCCACGGAGAGGGAUGAGAGCAAAUUCAGGUGCAGAUGGGUCCCUACAUCAAACUGGUGUCAGAAUCAAACCUGGCCUCAUCAGGAGGCACUGCAGCAGAAAUACUGGGAUGAAAAGCUGUUCCCAGAACCACAGGCUGUGCAGUGACAUGUCAGGCAGCUCCCUGGCACUGUAAUCAUAUUAGGCAAUGGUAAAAACGUCAAGAGUGGUUUAAAGAAAGUGGGGCAAGCUGCUGUGGUCUGACAUUGUGAAUUUGAGUGUGCCUCUUGGGAAAAGAGACUUACUACUGUUGAGGUGUCCUGCAAAAUAAUACCCAUACCAUGGUAUCCUGUGAAAUCAGAAUACAGCACCGCCUCAUCCAGUUCCUCAAUCCACCUCAGAGCGCCACUUCAUGUCACAGAGUGGUAAUCCUUGUCACUACCCUGAAGUCCCCAUCCAGUUAAACCAGAAUUUUUACUUUAUUUUUACAUCAGAAGCAAGGACCAAGCCCCAAGGCCCAGUGGCUACUUUAGGCAGCAUUGUGUGACCUGGUGUUGCCUCCCACAGGGUGUGGAGCUCCUCAGCCUGCCCUGGGUGUUGGAGCACUGCAGGUGCAUGGUGUGAACCCCACACAGCCCUGCCUGCUGUGAGCUGUGCCCAGGAGAGACCCCAGCCCCAGGUCUGGGUGAGCAGAGCUGUGGCUCCUCACUGCUCUCAGCUCCUGCUCCUCUGCAGCUGCAGCUGGGCUGGGAUUUGAGCCCUCACUUGUACUUGCACUGUGUCUGGAAAUGCCACUCAGGCUGCCAGUUCAGCACAGAAUUCAGCCAAUACCCACUGUGCACAGAAUUGGAAUUGAAAUCGUGGUGCCCACAGAACCUCUUGGCUUACAGGAGUCAAAGUCCCACUGAUGCCAGCCUAAAAAACUGAGUGGACAAUGCAGCUGUUUGAGACUUGAUUUCUUCUUUAAUUUAACUGAGUUAUUCUAUCUGCAAGUUCCAUAAGCUCUUUGUGCUAGAUACGCUUACUCACAGCUGUGUAAUUUACACCCUCUUGUAAUAUCAUUGAAAGACCCUUCAAGUAUAGGUAGCCCUAAUUUUUACUCAGUUAUUUUCUUCUCAGAAAUCAAAGGUCAGAUUCUGCGGUGAAUUUAAUCGUUGUGUUGAACAACAGCAAUGACAAUGGACCAAAAUUUGAGCUAAGCAAAUGUAAAGUAACUUGGCUUAACUGGUGGAAUUCAUGGCACCAAAUUCUGCUGCCUUGGGGCAUUAGUGCAAAUUUUACAGAGCUUGCUGAGGGCUGUUUGUCAAAGGAGAAGCUGAAUGACAGAACUGGCAUAGCCUUACUGGAGUUAUGUGUAUUAGGCAACACCUUAAGUUGCAUUAAUUCAAUUAAUUGAAUGGAAUUCCAUCCAUUUUUGUUCUGGCUGGGCACUCCUCUCCCUGAAAGCAGUUCAAGGUCUCUGGACUAGAGCUGAAUAACUGCAAGCAGGUUUGCUCCUCGACCAGACCCUGUGUUGACUCAGCCCUUGCUCAGGGAAACCACCCCUGACUUCAGUGACAAGUGACAACAUUCUGGACAUGGAGAAGCUCUGAUCCACUGGCAGGAGACAUUUACCCUUGAAUUUAUGAAAGAACUGAAUAGUGGAUAGCAACACAAAUGUUUUAUUUAUGAUAGAGGUAGAGUACAGGUUCCUCAGCUGGUGUAAACUGGUGUAGGAGUACUGAUUUCAGUGGAGUUAAUCCAAUAUGCACACACCAAGGAGCAAACCCUCUAACCCCAGACUAAUUUUUGCCAGUGUAUCUCUAUGCAGAUAAACUCCCAAAGCUUUUAUCAUCACGCUUUUUUACUGAUCAUGCCAUUGAAAUGAUUAAUGUACCAUAAUCCUUGCCUGUGAGGAAAUAUUGUACUUUGCAAAGCUAUGCAGUGCACAGCACAUCAUAAAAUGGCUUUAGACCACACAGUCUGCAGACACAUUAUCAGAAACGAGAUGAACAGAGCAACUUUUGAUCUGAUGGUGAUUACACCUCACUCUGCACUUCCACAGCUGAGUUUUUCCUGCACACUGAGUGAUGGCUGCAUGUUUCUGAUGACUGUGGGCCAAAGCUUCAGCUGGAUGUGCCUCUAAGUAGCUCUGUGGAUGUCAGUGCUGAUUUACACCAGCUGAAAAACCAGUCCUCUCCCUUUUCAUCCUGUGCUGCAUGUCCCAGCUAAUGCAGCUUUAGAAAUGCACACUGAGGCUGAGGGUAUAUUGAACUAUUCUGAUUCAGCACCAGAUAAUCCCUGCUAAAAAAAAAUUGGACAGCAAUUUCUGCCUGCCACCUAGGCCUGCAUGUGUUUUGGUUUUAACUAAAGGCAUGUUGCAAUUUCAUUACCUCCCAGCUUAAAUAUUUACUGGCAUCAGCAUUAGCUUGCAUAGAAAAAUGGCAAAUAAAUUCAAACAUGUCAUAAAUGCUCUCAGUCCAGAGAUGGAAUCUGUUCCUUUCUUUCAAAGACAUUGCAGCAGGCUAAAGUGGUUUUUCUAAGGCAGAUGGGUUCUGUACCUUUAGAAGUCGUGGCAAAUAUUUACCUAGGCCCAAUUCUGUUCUUCCCCUGAGCAUCCUGGUCAGCAGGUUGCUCCACUGAAGUCCCCAGGAGUAGCUGUGAAUUGGUGCUCAGCACACAGAUUGCAGUAGCAGGCACUGACUGUGUUAGGUUGCUGCAAUCAGGGGUUUAAUUUUAGCCAUAUGUAUCAUUUGAGGACACUUAAAAAUUAUGUACGUUUCAUCCAAGCUGACAGUCCUUGUAUUUCCAUAAAAUAUUGUGUAAUUUAUUCCUGUCUGUAUUUUUGACAUCUCUGGAUUGCAUAUCUUCUACUGAAUCUUAAAUGCUGGUUUUUUAACCCACAUUCAAAAGGUCUAGGACAUACCAUCACAGAAUAUGAGAACAAAUCAAAAAUCUGGUGAUGUUUUGCUUUGGUUUUGAGCUCUCCUUUGGUUUGUGUUUUGGCUUGGCUGUGGUACUCCCAGAAUUUUUGGAAUGGGUCAACUCAAUUCAAGUUUCUUCCUGUCUUUUGGGGAAAAAAAAAAAAGCAAAAUACAACUAAGGUUCAGGAAAAGCAAUCCUGGCAAACCUGGUGGGUGUUUGCUCUUCCUAGCUGUCCUGAUUUUUUAACCCUGCCAUGUUGGGAGUAGUCUAGUCUGUGGGUUCUGUCGCCCACCAUUUCUGGCUGUUGUGGCAAAUACUAUUAUUUUUUUUCUUUUUUUUUUCUUUUGUGUGUGUGUGUGUGUGCGUGCGCAUGUAUAAUUAACCAAAAUAUCAGGAAAAUUUAUAUAUGCUUUCUGCUGGUUCCUGGAAAUACAGCAACAUUAUGACCUUAUGGUCUUCCAGCAAAAGUCAGAUUUAAUUUCUGCAUUGCAGUGCAACUUAAUUAGCUAUUGGAAUUAGAUUAUGGUUUACUAAAUGGCCUUUUACCUUAUGUUCUUAUGUUCUUACUUUUUAUUUACUAUUGAAGUAGCAUCUUUUUUUUGUCAUGUGUGCAAGUAUCAUAUCAAUAAUCAUUGCAAUUCCACAAGGUGUCUUUGUUCUGAACAAGCAUGUUAUUCUUGUAAAGUUUUAAGUAUAAGUUAAGAUGUUUUGUACAGACCAAGGUAACUGUUAAAAUGUCAAGCAAUUACUGAAAUGUUGUAUAGUUAUAAAAGUUUGAUUUCUUUUGCUUUAUAUGUAUAAAAUUGUAUCUUGCCUGUUUUGCUUUGUAUUUCCAACGUGUUGCACAAUUAUGCAUUUUGUUUACAUUUGUUCCUUCUUCAGAAAAAAAAAAAAAGAAAUAACAGUAAUACUUUAUGUACAAACAUUUUAAAUGUACUUUUGUUGUUUUUAAACACAAUGUCUCUGUAUAAAUAAUAUUGGUUGAACUGGUACAUUCGUGUCUCUCAUAGAGGGAUUAAUUAUACUGCCAGUGCAUUGAAUUAUUUAAAAAAAAAAGUAAAAUAAAAUUUUUAUGAAAAUGUAA